AUGUCUCACCACGAAAGCGAUCAGGAACCUCCCAAGGACCAGCAGUAUCCAGUAAAAUGGUACCGGUCAACAUUUACAAACGUCACCAUCCUCGGCCUUUGCAAUCUAGCUGCCCCCGGUAUCUGGGGAGCGAUGAAUUCUCUAGGAGCUGGCGGUGCUGCCCGACCAGAGCUGAUCAACGCAGCCAACGCCCUCACCUUUUGCCUAAUGGUGGUGUCCUGUUUAUUUUCCAGCGCCAUUGUUAGAUUUAUCGGUAUCAAGGGGGCGCUUAUAUUCGGAACACUCGGUUACGCCCCCUACGCAGCAGGCCUCUACACCAACAACCGUUACGGCAACGAAUGGUUCGUGCUCCUCGGCGCCGCCCUCUGCGGUAUUUCCGCCGGCGUUUUCUGGAUGGCCGAAGCCGCUAUCGCCAUUGCGUACCCGGAGCCGUGGAACCGCGGCCGCGCCAUCGGUUAUUGGCUUACAUACCGGCUGAGCGGCCAAAUCCUCGGCGGCGCCAUCAAUUUAGGGCUGAACGCCGACCGCAACGGAGCUGGCCAGGUUUCUUAUACGGUGUUUUUGGUCUUUAUCGCUAUACAGUCCGCCGGGCCGUUAAUAGCAUUUUUGUUGAGUCCGCCGGCCAAGGUGCAAAGAAAAGACGGGAAAAGGGUCCAACUGGCGAUUACACAGAAUUGGUGGGUCGAAAUUAAAACCACAGCCAAGUUGUUUUUCACUCCGAAAUUUCUGCUUUUGGUAUUGUGGAUCGGGCAGGCCGUUUUUGCUGAAGCCGUCUUUUUCACUUAUAUCGCUCUAUGGUUCAGUGUCCGCUCCAGAGCGCUCGCCUCAUUUCUGUCGGGAAUCCUCGCUGUUACUGCUGGUAACGGUUUAGGCUAUUGGCUAGAUUCGACUCGAUUCUCCCUCAAAGUACGAUCACGCGCCUCAUUUUGGGUCAUUGCAAUCUUCCAAGGAGCGUGGUGGACCUGGGCCACGGUAAACGUGACGAGAUUCCACCGAACUCGACCGACGUACGACUGGGUAGACGACGACUUUGGCCAGGGAUUUGCAGUUUUUCUGCUUCUUACAAUUGGAUUCCAGCUGAACUACAUGUUCUUCUUGGACCCAAAACUGACCCUCCACUCCAACCCAAGAUAUUUUUUCAUCCACAACCUGAGCCAAGACGAACCCGACAUCAUUCGCUACGCAGCCCUUUUGCGCGGCACCGAAUCUGCAUGGCAGGCUCUGUCGUACGGCUUGUCGUCCUUGACGAUAUUCGGCGAGGUUGGCGGCGUCUACAUGAACUUUGGCAUGUGGGCCGUCUCGAUAUAUCCUGCUUGGCUGGUGCUCCGCCAUUUUGGUGUGCACAAGUCGACGGGUGUCGAGGCUAUCUCCCAUUCCCCUGCAGGCGACAAGGUGGUGGACAGCUCCGUGGAGGAUCAUACUAUCAAGGCUUUGGGAGGGCUGUAA